CUUCGCGGCUCUUUCUGCCCACCGCGGCCGCCAGAUCCCGGUUCUUCUUUCUUUGCUCCGUCACCGCGGCUGCUGUCUCGCGCUGUCAAUCACCCUGUAUACUCCGUCCUCUGUCGGCACCUCAACCCAAUAUGAAGGCAAUCUCGACAUUGAUCCAGAUAUCGUUUGGGGUGAGCCUCAUGUACGUGAUGGGAGCUACCCUCUUCCUGGGUCUCCACUCCCAACUCCCGAUCGAGACCUACGUGAUGCCUCAGAUCCUGAAACGUUUUUCAUUCAUCGAGCCAAGCAAACUCCCGAUUGCUUGCGUUGCGUUCUUUGGAUUCCUCACAUAUGUUGUUAUGGGCGUCGCUGCCGUCGUUGCCCAGACAGUUUCGCAAAAGGGCUACAAUGCCAGUAGCCCGCGCAUCGGCCGCCAGAAUGUCCGCGGCUUUGCUCUUCGUUUCCUCUCUGCCCAUGAAAACAGCCUCGAGGCGUUCCCCGUGUUUGCCGCCGCCGUUGCCUUUGCAUACAUCACCAACGUGUCGCCAGAGAUCCAGCAGACCUAUGCCGUUUACUUUGUCCUCGUUCGAGUCCUUUACAACUGGGCCUAUAUCCUCGGAAUCGGUCCGCUUCGCAGCCUGUGCUAUCUGCAGGGCAUGUUUGCUUGCUAUGUUCUCUUCGCCAAUGCCGUCAAUCCGGACUUCAACUUGGGAUAUCAGGUUCGUAUGGUCACAGGCAUUCUGGCAAUCGCCAAUCUUAGCGUCUCUACCUUCAACGGUGCAUGACCAACCCGUUGUGGCCCGUGCAUCUGCGCUUGCUCUGAACCCUGCUUGAAACUCCGUUAUGGCUCUUCCUCAGGCGGCUCUUCGCGUCAUGGCCGAUGUUGUCACAAACCUCAGCCUCUCGGGCCUCCUCGCUGACGUCCAGAAGCUCCUGCAAGUGACCCUCAGCCAGCUGCAAAAGCUUGCCGGAAAUGCCUAAUCUGGCCACCAAGUCCAUAUGCAACGUCGUCCCAUGAUUCUCUAAUACAUGUCGACCUAGUGCAGACUCUGUUGUAUCAGGAGUCUGCCCGAAAUUGACCAACCGC